UACGCUUCCCGGCGUGCCCCGCGCCAGCGCGGGAACCCGGAAGCGGAGCGGGGGAGGCGGGGAGCGCGGGGGCCCGCGGUGGAACUUGCCCGGGUGUUUCCUGGCGACGGGGGAAGUGAGGCGCCGCCGCGGAGAGUGGGAGCCGCGCUUCUCCCCCCUCCCGGGCGCCCGAUCUACCAUGAGACCCGCCAUCUUCCCGCUCCUGCCUGACCCUGGCUGCCUCUUCCUCCUCCUCCUCCUCCUGGUGUCUUGGCUUUUUAAUCCAACAAGAAGUGAAAUAACAAGUCUAGAUAGUGGAAAUAUAGAUGACAUUUUAAACAAUGCAGAUGUUGCUUUAGUUAAUUUUUAUGCUGAUUGGUGCCGCUUCAGCCAAAUGCUGCAUCCUAUUUUUGAGGAAGCUUCUAAUGUAAUUAAGGAAGAAUAUCCAGAUAAGAAUCAAGUGGUGUUUGCUAGAGUAGACUGUGAUCAGCAUUCGGAUAUAGCUCAGAGAUACAGGAUAAGCAAAUACCCAACUCUGAAACUCUUCCGGAAUGGAAUGAUGAUGAAGAGAGAAUAUAGGGGCCAGAGAUCUGUGACAGCAAUAGCAGAUUAUAUCAGGCAGCAGAAGAGUAACCCUAUUCGGGACGUCCAGGAUUUGGAAGAAAUUAGUUCUCUUGAUCGCAGCAGAAGAAAUAUUGUUGGAUACUUUGAGCAAAAGGACUCUGACAAUUACAGAACCUUUGAAAGAGUAGCGAAUAUUUUGCAUGAUGAUUGUGUAUUCCUGUCUGCCUUUGGGGCUAUUUCAAAAGCAGAGAGAUUUAGCGGAGACAAUGUAAUCUACAAGCCACCAGGGGAAAAUGCUCCAGAUAUGGUGUAUUUAGGCUCGCUAACCAAUUUUGAUUUGAUUUAUGCAUGGACACAAGACAAAUGUGUACCACUAGUUCGAGAAAUUACGUUUGAAAAUGGGGAGGAACUGACAGAAGAAGGCCUUCCUUUUCUCAUACUUUUCCACAUGAAAGAUGACUUGGAGAGUUUAGAGAAGUUCCAACAGGAGGUUGCACGUCAGUUAAUAAGUGAAAAAGGUACAAUAAACUUCCUCCAUGCUGACUGCGAUAAAUUCAGGCACCCACUCCUCCAUAUUCAGAAGACUCCAGCAGACUGCCCUGUUAUUGCCAUUGAUAGCUUUAGGCACAUGUAUGUCUUUCCAGACUUCAGUGACUUGUCAGUUCCAGGUAAACUGAAGCAAUUUGUACUAGACUUGCAUUCUGGAAAAUUGCAUAGAGAGUUUCAUCACGGCCCUGAUCCAACUGAUGUAGCACCUGGUCAGCCAAUUCAGGAUUUAGCAAGCAGCCCACCAGAGAGCUCAUUCCAGAAACUGGCACCCAGUGAACAUAGGUACACCUUAUUGAGGGAAAAAGAUGAACUUUAAAACUUGAAAUAAUCUUGCAAGCCUUUCAGACAGCAGCAUUGACUUGUGUGGUGGAAAUAGUAAACCUAUAUUUUCAUAAUUCUAUGUGUAUUUUUAUUUUGAAUAAACUGAAAAAUAAUUUUUUUUCUCCCCAGGCUUGUAAAUACAUUUGUUUGGUGGGUCAUUCUGUACAGCAUCUUUCAAACAGUAUGUUCCUAAUGCUAUAGUAAAAUAUCAGAGACCCAUCCAGACUCUUGAUCUAACUCUGUUCUGUAAAACUUUUAUAAUCCAAAUGAAGGUAUCCUUGCCAGAGACAUGCUGUUAACUUGCACUAUCCCAUUAAAUAGGACUUUUGGGUUGUUUUCUGUGUAACCUUGGUAGUAUGUGCUUUUUCUUCUUCAUGUGAACAGCUAUCCUGGUAAUCUAUUUCUUUGUCACAUUUUUCUCCAACUUAAGAGGGUCUUCUAUUCUGGAUACUUGGGAGGGGAAUAAAUUAAAGUUUUACAGAAUCUCGUGUGGUGCUUUACUGGGUGCAAAUGUCUAAGCAAUUAAACAAUUCUGACUAUUAAAAUACCAAGCAAGUAAAGGAAAAGUUUCAUGAUAAUGGCUGUACUUUGAAUGAAAGGACUGUAUUGACCUGCUCUGGUUUCCUGGAAUUAAGAUUGUUAUAUUACACACAUGGUUGUGUUAAAAGAACAUGAAUGUUGGAAACCCUUCAAAGUAGGAGAGGGGUAGGGGUGGACUGCCAUCUUAGUUGUGUCAGUCUUAAUUUAACUUCUGUAUUAGUCUUUUUUUUCUCUUUUUUUUUUUCUUUUGGUCCCUGCCUUCCUCGCAGACAUUUACCUUCCGAACAACCACUGCAAAUUUUCUGUUACUCUUUUUGUCUGGCUUGUGCCUUAUUUAUUGCAUAUUCUUUGAAUUCUGCUCUGAAGAAGGAAUUACUACUUUCCUUGUGGGCUUUUCCGUUGUGCGUAAUACCAGAAUAUGGGCUUUUCUCCAAUGAAUCUUCAAGCUGCUUGGUGAGAUAAACAUAUAGAAACUGUUAAGAUGGAAAAAUAUGUUAAUUUGGGGUGUAUUGCUGGAGAUGAAUUACUGUUGGAUUUGUUUAAUAUGCUUGCUGCAAAGAAUCCAGUCCAUGACUUGGGUCCCCAAGGCUUAGUGUCCUUAGCAGCAAGCUUGUUCUUUGGAUAGGUGGACUACUGGGUUCACAUUUACUUCAGUGAGUGCCCCAGCUUCCGCAGCUCACAGCUCAGGAUUCCUUUUGCCUCUCAGCUAGAGGCCACCUACUUGGUUAUUGGCAGAAGACUGACAUGGUCCUGUGCAGCUGUGGCAAACACUGAUCUCAAGAGAGCCUGCUGAAUCAAGCCCCUGCAGCAACAGGCACAUGAGCUGCCUAGGGUGUGAUUCUGAGCAGAGGGUUGCUAGUACCAACCACCACCAUGCUACAGCUAACUGAGCAGAUGCAGAAUUGGUAGCUAAAAGCGUAUUACAAGAUUUUGUUUACAGGCAUGCUUUUUUGUCAGUUUUGUGAAUCUGCAUUUUGGAGUGCACGCUAAGUGCUGGAAAGCCAGGUCUUCUCCUGUCCCAUUCACCAUCUCAUGCCAAAUCAAGCAUUUUUGGCAGCUGAGUCAUACCACCUUCCAGCUGGAAUCUAAAGAUGUGAGCAGGGUCUGGUUUUAAGUCUGCCACUUGUUAUCUGCAGGUGGUGCUACAGAACUUCUGGAGUUGUUCAGGCACCUGAAAUUUUACUCAAUUCCAGCAUGGUGCCUACAGGUACUCAUCUUAGUCCUCUGAGGUUCCUAUUUUUCCUUAGGAUCUUAAUUAUAAAUGCUGUUUGGUGGAAGACAUCUAAACCUCUUUCUGGAGAAAGAUGCUACCUCAUCAUACACUCAACAGUCUAGUGGCUGGUGCUUUCAGCUAGAAAGUGAGAGAGAGAAACCCCCUCUGCCACUCCUUAAUCCAAGUUUCUUUUCUGAGUAAGGACUUCUUCCCAGAGCUUUGGCAUCCUAGUGCUAUGUAGGCAAUUAGAUGUAAAAGUUUUAUCAGUCAUCACAGUUACUCACUCAAGUCAUUUCAUUGUGUAUUCAUUGGAGUUGGACUUGAUUCUCCUGGGUUCUUGAUGACCAUUGACCUGGCUGUGUACCAACUUUCAUUCAAGUGAUUUUUCUGUUUGCAAGCAGAAGGUUGAACAGCUGCAGUCUAGGUAUGCUUGCCUCACGUGAUGUUGAGUAUCACUUGAGCUUUUAAGUAUCUGAUGAUACAGAGAAUUCGUCUAGAGAGAGCAAGCACUGGACAAAAUGGGACAUGUGUUUCAAACUGAGCCCUUCAACUCUGAUCAUCUACAUCAAUGGUUGUAACCAUUCAACCUUCAACACUUCCUGAGGCUUUCAUGGGAAGUUGUCAAACAAUAUUAGCGUUAUGCCUGUGUGGAACAAAACCAUUCCAAACUCUCUUUAAUUGAACUUAAGGAGUCCAUUUCUGAGCUAGCAUAUGUGUACAAGUUACUAGAUGCAUGCAACACUUCAAGAACUUGUGUUAAUUUCAGUCAAUGUAAAUAUUUCAAUAGCUGAAGCAUGUGUAACUCAAUACAGGAUUCUUAAAUCUUGGUUAUGCAAUUAUUUCAAUAAUAUAAAAUUUUUGAGGGAUUAAUCUUUUAGAUGCUGGAAGGAAAUAAACCCCAAUGUUCUCAAUAAAUGCUACAACCAGUCUCAUAGGCAAAAGCUUUUAUUUGGUCUGAAAGACUUAUCCGUUUCUUGCAUUCCUUCUGUCUAACAUGCCUAGCAUUUUAAAUGCUAGUUCGGUUACUCAGAUGCCCAUGUUUCUUCACGUAUGUAAAUAACCCACCUAUUUUAAAAAAUCAUAGCUUAAAUAAUAGUCUCCUAAGUCUAGUGUAUACACAAUGUUUUGAAAUUGCUUCCUUAAAGAUGCAAGGAAGAAGAAUAGGUUUUGUGCUAGACAUUUCAUAAAAUGAGUGCAGACCAAGCUGUAUUUGUAUAAACCGUAGCAGGAAUUCAGUUUUAUGAAUUUAGAUUGUCCUGGCAUUAGUCCAGCUUGGGGGGACAGGGUGGAGUCCACGAUGUGUCUGAUGUGGCUGCUGUCAUUUAAAUGCACAAGGUUUCAAAGCAUACAGCAGGAAAGCAGACAUGGCUUUUUAAAAUCAUACAAAGAAUCAACCACAGUUUCUGAUUAAGAAGACUUUGUUUUUCUUAGUUUCUUCCUUUAAAUGUAGAAAUUACAAAUCAAAGGAAUGAACAGCCUUAGUAUGAAGUUGUUACAAGCUCAUUAAACGUGUUUACGUCCAAAGUAGAUGCAUUUAAAGAAAAGUGCUUUUUGCUUGACACGAGCAAAUGAGCUGAAUUACUUGGGUCAUGUUUUCCACUCCAGCUGAUUUUACAGAUGUAGGCACUGUGGCUUUAACACAUACAGUUUUGACAAUGUUUGCGAUUACUUCUGAAAGCUAUUCUUGCACACGUUGCUUCCCUGAGCCUCAGACCUACUUAAAAUAGACACAAUGCAAUUUCAAUCAUAUUUUAAAAGUAAUAAGGAAGAACUGUUCAGAAAAAGAUAUUUGUGCUGUAACUAACAGUUGCUUACAGUGUCUCUAGGCACAAAAACCUAUCAUCUGUCAUUAGUAGACAGUUAUUUCCAAAGAUGACAUCAAAGUACUGGUUACUAAAAGGGAGCUCUUUCUACAGUAUGCUCCUUAUACAGUGUUCCCUGCUAGGGAGCCUUAUCACUAAACACUGACUUCAGUGUUCACCUAAUAAAACUGGACUCAAGCAGAGCUCAGGAUGAAUUGAACAAUCUAAAAACUUUAAAAAGCAGCUUCCCAACCUCAAUUUCUGUUCCCCCAAACAGCAGCAGCAAUAGUGUGGGAAUUGUCCUGGAGGGAUGGAGGUAGGACCAUGUGCUGAAUAGUAGAUUAUGUGACAACAGUACGAUUAUGUGGCAAUAAAAACACAUUAAUGCUUCUGUAUUUAACAAUGGAAGUUUCAGAAGCAAAAGGUUGCUUAAGCAGCAAAAUAAGGAUGGCAAGAAUAACAGGCAUCCACUAUAAAAGGCUAGCAAAAGCACUAGCAGCACCUCACCCUGUACAGGCUCUACAGCAUAUCCCAAAAUCUUGAGAAGGCUGAGAAGCCACUCUGCAGUGUGGGUGGAAGGAGAUGUUUGGGAACUGAACAGUAUGCAAGAGGUGUGCAGCUGACCCAAACAAGCAUGGUUUACUUACUGUAAACAGUAUCAAGUUGACAUUUUCAAAAUACUCCCUUCAUCUGGGGAUGUCAGCUGCCACUGGCACCAUUUAAAGAGCCUCACUGCUUCACCAUCCUUUGACCUGGUGCCUAAUGCCACCCUUGAGGGUGUGGGCCUGGCUGUGGCACCGCUUCCAGGGAAGCGAUUUAGCUCUCCCACCAGAGCACUGUUGGUGACAGGAGAUGAGAAGCAAGGGCAACAUCUAGCAGUAAGCACUGCUGAGUAAACUGAGGCUUCAGGCUCAGAAUGCCAGAGCUUGGCACUUCAUCCUGUACGGUGUUCUCAGGACAAGCCAAGGAGUUGAACAGCCAUGGAAAAUUAAUUAUUCUCCAGUAGCAGUCCUGCUGGGUUGCUGCUUAGAUUGUUUAAUUCUUAACUACACUUUGAACAAGAUGAGGGAUUAACAAUUUUUUUUU